CCGCCCGGUGAAAUACCCUGGCUUCCCCCUGGCCGCACAGCCUCUGGAGCCCAGGGUGGUGAUGGGCCUGCAGCUUCCUCGGUGAGCGCGGUGACCCCAGCCCUCCCAGCGUCUGUCCUCCCGGGCCCCCGUUUCCCUCCACCCACGACCGCCAGCCUGACCACCAGGUGGGCCGCCCUCUCUGCCUGCAGCCGGCUGCCCCAGCCAUGAGCUCUUCAAGGAGGGACCACUUCAGCGCCAGCAGCUUGGAGCCCGUCCCUGUCGUCAUCAUUGGCAACGGCCCCUCCGGCAUCUGCUUGUCCUACCUGCUCUCGGGCCACAUCCCCUAUGUGAGACCAGAUGCCGUCCACCCACACCCGCUGCUGCAGAGGAAGCUGGCGGAGGCUCCGGGGGUCUCCAUCCUGGACCAGGACCUGGACUACCUCUCGGAAGGCCUCGAAGGCCGCUGCCAGAGUCCCGUGGCCCUUCUCUUCGAUGCCCUCCUGCGCCCGGACACAGACUUCGGGGGCAACCUGGAAUCCGUCCUCACCUGGAGGCAGGAGAAGCAGAGAGCCAUCCCCCACGUGGUCCUGGGCCGGAACCUCCCGGGCGGGGCCUGGCAUUCCAUCGAAGGCUCCAUGGUGACCCUGAGUCAAGGCCAGUGGAUGGGGCUUCCUGACCUGCAGGUCAAGGACUGGCUGCAGAAGAAGCGCAGGGGUCUUCGCAACAGCCGAGCUACAGCUGGGGACAUUGCCCGCUACUACAGGGACUAUGUGGUCAAGAAGGGGCUGAGCCACAACUUCAUUUCUGGUGCCGUGGUCACGAGUGUGCAGUGGGGGGCCCCUGAGCCCAGUGUCCCCGGGGCCCCGGGCCCGAGCCCCCUGUUCCAGGUGAGCGGCUUCCUGACCACCAAGGACCAGAGCCAGCGGCCCUUCUCGCUGUGGACUCACAACGUGGUCCUGGCCACGGGCACGUUUGACAGCCCGGCCCGGCUGGGCAUCCCCGGGGAGGACCUGCCCUUUGUGCAUCACGACCUGUCAGCCCUGGAGGCGGCCACGCGGAAGGGGGUCGUGACCCCGGCCUCGGACCCGGUCCUCAUCGUGGGCGCGGGGCUGUCCGCCGCCGACGCCGUGCUCUUUGCCCGCCACUACAACAUCCCCGUAGUCCACGCCUUCCGGCGGCCGGUGGACGACCCUGGCCUGGUGUUCAACCAGCUGCCCAAGAUGCUGUACCCCGAGUACCACAAGGUGCACCAGAUGAUGCGGGAGCAGUCCUUCCUGUCGCCCAGCCCCUACCAGGGCUACCGCAGCCUCCCGGAGCACCGGCCCCUGCUCUUCAAGGAGGACAGCCAGGCCGUGUUCCAGGAUGCGCAGGGCGGCCAGCAGGUGUUCGCAGUCUCCCUGGUGCUGGUCCUCAUUGGCUCACACCCUGACCUCUCCUUCCUCCCUGGGGCGGGCGCUGACCUUGCCAUGGACCCCGAGCAGCCGCUGAGCGCCAAGAGGAACCCCAUCGACGUGGACCCCUUCACCUACCAGAGCACCCGCCAGGAGGGCCUGUACGCAGUGGGACCACUGGCCGGGGACAACUUUGUGCGCUUUGUGCAGGGCGGGGCCCUGGCGGUGGCCAGCUCCCUGCUAAGGAAGGAGACGAGGAAGCCACCCUAGUGCCACUGAGUCCUGGCACCCAGGCCCUGAGGAGGAGGGACAUCCCCACAGCCUUGCCGGCAGCAGGGCCCACUGAAGACGCGGCGCGAGGGCCUCUCCUGGCCACAGACAGAAGGCCCGGGAGGAGCGGGCCGUACCUGCUGCCCACAUGCAGACCAAGGCCCAAGGCAGGAGGGGGCCACAGGCCAGAGUAGGCCUGGGCCCGGGACCUGGUGUGAGCUGGGCUCACCAGGGCCAGCUGAACACCCAGCCAGGAAGAGUGCAGGUCCUGUUCCUUCCAGAAUCAAGUCACAAAUAAAACCAGUGUCUGCCUCCACUCCCACA